UUUUUUUUUUUUUAAGUCUGUUGCUACUCAACGGAGUCUUAUGAUACUUUGACUAUGCUGCAGGAGCAUCUUCCAAAAAGAAAUCAUUCGUCAACAACCCAUGGAAGAUUGCUGUAGGAAUUAUAGCUAGUAUGCUUGGCAUGGGGACGAUUAUAAUUAUCCUCUCAAUGGUUGGCAUGGGACAAUUGUGGAAGAAGAAAACAGAAGAUGAUCAAAGAAUGGAGGCCUUUAUUAGAAAUUGUGGAUCGCAUGCUCCACGAAGAUAUACUUUUUCUGAUGUUAGAAAUAUUACAAAAUCAUUCAGUGAAAAACUUGGUCAAGGAGGCUAUGGUAAUGUUUACAAAGGAAAACUGCCCGAUGGUCGUCUUGUGGCAGUGAAGAUCUUGAAGGAAUCUAAGGGCAAUGAAGAGGAGUUCAUCAAUGAGGUGGCUAGCAUGAGUAGAACAUCCCAUGUAAAUAUAGUAAGCCUUCUGGGUUUUUGCUGUGAGAAGAAUAAAAGAGCUUUAAUCUAUGAAUUCAUGUGCAACGGAUCUUUGGAUAAGUUUAUACAUGAUACAGAAUCUUCGACUACAAAUUGCAAUUUGGAGUGGAAAACACUUUACCAAAUUGCAAUCGGCAUUGCUAGAGGACUAGAAUACUUACACAGAGGUUGUAACAUAAGAAUUGUGCAUUUUGAUAUAAAACCUCACAACAUUCUUUUAGAUGAAAAUUUUUGUCCAAAAAUUUCUGAUUUUGGGCUUGCUAAACAAUCCGACCAGAAAGACAGUAUCAUAUCAAUGUUAAACACAAGAGGAACUAUAGGAUACAUUGCACCAGAAAUGUUUUGUAGAAGCUUUGGAGGAGUAUCUCACAAGUCCGAUAUCUACAGUUAUGGAAUGAUGAUUUUAGAAAUAGUUGGAGCAAGAAAGAAUAUUGGUGUCAGGGUAUCACAAACAAGUGAAAUAUAUUUUCCAAAUUCAAUCUAUAACCUUCUUAAACUAGAUAACGAUUUUGAUCUUCCAAGCGUUGUCACUGAAGAGGAAAAAGAGACAGCAAAAAGGAUGAUAUUGGUGAGCUUGUGGUGCAUUCAAACCAAUCCAUCUCAUAGACCAUCAAUGACCAAAGUUGUGGAGAUGUUGGAAGGUAGACCACAGAACUUACAAAUUCCACCAAAACCUUGUUGGUCUUCUCCGCCAAGAUCCCCCAGACUUUCUUCAGUGGCAUCCUCAUCAACACAACUUGCUUCCAAAUGUGAAAUGCUUUAA